CCUGUUAUUUGAAUAUACAGUACUUUAGCAAGGCUGGAGUCGGAUUGCGUCGGAUGUUUUUUUCGGCUUGUGAGUCAGGCACAGCAGGACGUGGUGGGUGAAACCAGCGAUAAUGUUCAUCACCCAGGCCUGUAUUUAACAUUUGAAUGAAACCUCUCAGCUAGAGUGGCGCUUUGCUGCACACAUAGAGGAGACUGCAACGCUCGCAACAGACAAUAUGGACUUGCACAUAUUGGACCACAGGCUGCGAGUCAUCAGCAUAUCCAAGAAUGGGCUGGUGAAUUUCACACACCCCCUGAUCAAGCUGAUCUUCCUCCGGAACAGAACACGAUGCAAGUUCUUCAGCCUGACGGAGACACCGGAGAACUACACAGUCGUCGUUGACGAGGAAGGAUUCAAAGAGCUCCGGCCCUCCGAGCAUCUCCAGGUGGAAAGCUCCAACUGGCUUCCACUCAACGUUGUCUCCAAUGGCAACGCCUCCAGCAGCUCGCAGGCAGUCGGCGUGACAAAGAUCGCCAAGUCGGUCAUCGCCCCUCUGGCCCAGCAGCACGUCUCCGUCUUCAUGCUCUCGACCUAUCAGACUGACUUCAUCCUGGUGAGAGAGAAAGAUCUGUCUGUAGUCAUCAGCACUCUGGAGGAGGAGUUCAAUAUCUACAAGGAGGUGGGAGGAGAGUCUGUCCCCAUGCACUGUCAGGAUGUCUCAAACGGGCUCCAGAAGAACGGCAAAGAAGCUAUCCAACCCACAGUUCACCCGGUGCUCAUCCCCCAGAACCAGUUCUGUGUCAUGUCUCUGGACCCCGACACACUGCCGUCCAUCGCCACCACGCUCAUAGACGUUCUAUUUUAUUCUAGCAGUCCUAAAGAGGACGCACAGUCGUCUCCAAACCAGGACUUGGACUGUAUUAAAUUCUUCUCCUUCUCCCUCAUCGACGGCUACAUCUCCCUGGUGAUGGACACGGAGGCUCAGAGACAGUUUCCUGCAGAUCUUCUCUUCACCAGCUCCUCAGGGGAGCUGUGGAGGAUGGUCCGUAUAGGAGGACACCCACUAGGCUUUGAUGAAUGUGGUAUAGUUGCCCAGAUCUCUCAGCCUCUGGCCGACAGCGACAUUUCGGCCUAUUACAUAAGCACCUUCAGCUUCGACCAUGCUCUGGUCCCUGAGGAGGACAUAGUGAGCGUGACGGACAUGCUGCAGCAUCAGAGGAAAGAACAAGCCACAAGUUGAUUAUUGAAAUCCAGUCUGAGCUGAAUGAUACUGUCUCAAUGUGCUACCCCUCACUCCAGCUCCAAGCAGCCUGGGGGAGGCAGGCCAGCGGGAAAUGGAGGCUAACUCUGUGCCUAGAAUAGCACUGCAUUGCCAGCAGUAUUAACGACGAACUUGCCAUGACCACCAGAAGCGCUUUCCUGCGGUGUGCACACAGGUUGUCUGUGAGGCCCUCUGUCUUACCUUUCUGUCACGAGACGCACUGAGUACCAGGGGGCCCACAAGCUCACAUAUGCACAUCAAAGUACAUAGUCACUCCUAAAACAUCAACACAUCCAUACACACACAUACGCACAUAUACAUACACUUGAACAUUCAAAUAUACAAGCACAAAGUUAUUUGCGUGUACGUGGAUGAUAGAGUCCCUCUAACACUGGAGUGGAGAUUCUCUGACAUAUUAUCUGAAGUUGAGUUGGUUUUACACUUGCGUACAUUUAAUGACAACACACAACUUAGUCUUCCAGUACUGUUUAUUUGAUAAUGCCAUGUGUGUAAGCAUUUUUUUUUUUAAUCAAAGGCCAUUUGCAAGACUUGCAAAUUUCACUGUUUGUGAAACUGAAAGGAUGAAGCUUGAAAUGCAGGCCUGUUGUUGAAUUCUUGAUGUGAUGAUCAUUUUUGGGCUGAACCCCCCGAAGAUGUCGAUGUUUUGACAAGAGGGCUCCCUCAUAUUGGUUUAAGAAGAAUGUGUUGAUAGUUCUUAUCUUUUGAGACUGCUGCAGAUGCUAUCAAGCAGGAAAGCAGGCUUGGUAAGUGUUUUUUUUUUUUUGAGAGGUCAGCAUUUCUUAACCCUAGUAUUACUCAAGGUCAAUAACACUAUGUCUUACUUUUUGUUAUUUGCACAAUAAACUUUCAUUUAGCUUUUA